GGAACCAGGGUUUCCCGUUCCCAAACCUGACCUGAUCACCCGGCUGGAACGAGGGGAAGAGCCCUGGGUGCCCGACCUCCAGGCCGGGGAGGAAGGAGAGAUCCCGAGAGGCACCCGCACAGGUGAUGAAACCGUGAGUGUCAAGGAGGAAGAGGAUCCCCAUCAGGAAGUUGACGUAGUGCGUGUGAAGGUGGAAGAGACUCAAUAUGAGGACGUUCCUGGGAAGAUAGAACCGCAGGCGACCUUUGUGGGAAGAGCUGAAGGGAAUGUUUCCCAGUGCUUGGAACAGGGAGAGGCCUGGGGAAACUGGCCCAGGCCGGAGAGGCUGCUGGGAAACCUCCCAUGUGAACAAAUGGACAAAUCUAUUCAAUGUGGGGAAGGACACAAGCAUCCAACAGCCCAGCAGACAAACCCCAAGGAAGAGAAACACCAGGAAUGGUUCAGUUAUGGGAAGGGAUUUAUUGUGAGCCCAGAGCUUAUUACAAUUCAGAAAGUAGAUACUGGAAAGAAACCCCUUGAUUGUUUGGACCGCGAGGAAAGCGUCAAUAACAGCUCAGAUCUUAAUACUGAUGGGAGAAGCCAAAGUGAAGAGAGAGGCUCUCAGUGCCCUGAGGGAGGAAACGAUUUGAAUUGGAAGCCUGCCCUGAUUGUGCAUCAGAGAAGUCACACAGAUAGACAUCAUAAGUGCUUAGACUGUGGUAAAAGUUUCUUAGAGAUGUCAGCCCUGAUUAAACACCAGGCAAUGCACACAGGAGACAGGCCCCAUAAAUGUUUAGAUUGUGGGAAAGGUUUCAUAUGGAGGUCCUCCCUUGUUUUACAUCAGAAAAUCCACACAGGAGAGAGACCCCAUAAGUGCUUAGACUGUGGGAAAAGUUUCAUACAAAGAUCAGACCUCAUGAAUCAUCAAGCAACCCACCGGGAAGACAGACCCCAUGAGUGUUUAGAUUGUGGAAAAAGUUUCAAAUGGAGGUCAGCCUUUGUUUCACAUAAAAAAAUCCACACCGCAGAGAGAUCCCAUAAGUGCUUGGACUGUGGAAAAAGUUUUCUAUGGAGAUCAUUCCUAGUUUCACAUCAGGCAGUCCACACUGGAGAGAGACCCCAUGUAUGCUUAGAAUGUGGGAAAAGUUUCAAACGCAAGUCUGAGCUUGUGAAACAUCAGGCAAUCCACACAGGAAAGAGACCCCAUAAGUGCUUAGACUGUGGGAAAAACUUCAUACAUAGAGCAGACCUGAGUAAACAUCAGGCAAUCCAUAGAGGAGACCGACCCCAUCAGUGCUUGGACUGUGGAAAAUGUUUCAUAUGGAGGUCAGCCCUCGUUUCGCAUCAGAAAAUCCACACAGCAGAGAGACCCCAUAACUGCUUAGGCAGACCCCAUAAGUGUGUGGACUGCGGGAAAAGUUUCAUUCGUAGGUCAGACCUUGUUAGACAUCAGGCCAUCCACAUGGGGCAAAUAAGCGCUUGA